CUUCCGCUCUUGUGUGCAUUUUGAAAAUAAAAAGGGUUUUCAAUGACGGUGUGAUCCGUAUAUAUAUAUAUAUAUAUAUAUUACUUGCUUCCUCUACCAAGAGAAACAUAAUCUACUCUGCUUUGUAUCCAACUUUCCUGCAUCAAUAUUCUCCAUGCCUCCACCGUUCUUUGAGGUCUAAAACAGUCUAAAAGUCUAGGCAACCCAUCAACACAAAAUCCUUUCUUCAGAAAGUCUUGAGAUAACAUUACUUACCAUGACCAACAACAGAUCAACCUCUCCUACUCUCCUUGGAGAGGACAAAGAGAUCCUCCAUUUCAGUCACCCACAUACCCUAACACAAAUCCACCAUCCCUAUCUCUUCACGUGCAUGGGUUGCAAAGAAUUCGGUGCAGGCAACAUGUUCAAAUGUCUUGAAUGUGAUUUUGAUCUUCAUGACUUCUGUGCCUUGGCUCCUCCAUCUCUCAAGACCCACUCACUCCACAGUCAACACCCCCUCGUCUUCCACACUAAAUCAGGUGGGUAUCCGCGAUUGAGCUGUGAUGUGUGUGGGAAGACCCCAAAAGGAUAUGCCUUCCGUUGUAGCACUUGUAACUUUGUGAUGCAUCCAUGUUGUGCUCAGCUUUCCUGGGAAAUGAACCUUCCGGUGCAUCCACACACCCUAAAAAUUUUAUCAUCAAUGAUGUCGACGAGUGGAGACUCAGAUUUGAUUUGUGAUUACUGUAACAAGAAGAGUUCAGGAUUGGUUUAUUGUUGUAAGAUUUGUUCAUAUCAUCUUCAUGCAGUUUGUGCUAAGAACAUAGUUAAUGGGCUCUAUGCCAAUGGCAUCAAGGCCCCUGAUAAGCCUAGCAAGUUUGGGCGAGCGGUUGGUGUUGCAUCUCAUGUGCUAGUUGGGUUUAUUGGAGGGCUGCUUGAAGGGAUAGGAGAAGGGGUUGGACAAGCUUUGUUUGAUAGUGUUGUGACAAAAGAAGUUCCCCCAACAGAAGAUGAAUAAUGACAUAAACAUGCGAAUUUCCUAGAACCAAGCUGGAUGGACAGUCUUUUAAUCCCCUAGCUCCCUCCCCUCCACCUACUCUAAAAACCCAAAACAGAGAGAGAGAUUAUGAAAGAUGUGUGGUCAGUUGUGAAUCUGUUACUGUGUUUGUAAAGGGUUUGAGUGCUAUGGAUUUCUUUGUAAAUGAAUUGUGAUAUACUGCAUGAUCAUAUUGUAUUUAUUGAGGACUAGUUUUCUCUUGAUGCAUA